GACUGGUUAAACAGACCUUUGCUGCUUUGUAAUAUGGUAAUAGCUGGUGACAUCAGUUGGUGUCCUGUGGUAAUGAUGCAACAUCAGUUCACCUGAAGAGUUAUAAGAAGCAAAGAAAGAGCUUUGCUGCGAUUCCAAAGUCAUCAGGACUACAUAGCAGAUCAUUGUAAGGAUUCAAACAUUGUCCCCAAUUGUUCUGUUGUUUAUGAGCUAAACAUCUUAUUGAAUGUGUCUUUGUGCGAGGUGACAGCUUUUCUGUUCAAAGGCUCAAUGAUGUGUUCAUGGAGUGAGUCCAGAAAAAGCCUGAAAGUAAAUCUAAACUAGUUUGAUCUCUUGAAUUAUAAUGUUGUGAAACCAACGGAUGAUAAUGAUGAUGUUAAACUCCACACAGGUUUCCUAUUUCACUUUUGGUGCUUACUUUGAUCUUGGACUCUUUAAAUACUUAUUGUUCAUGAUUAGUAUGUGUUUUUAUGUUGUAACUAUUUGUACCAACCUGCUGCUCAUUGUGGUUAUCUGCAUGAACAGAAGCUUACAUGAACCCAUGUACCUUUUCCUCUGCAGCCUGUUUGUAAAUGAGCUGUUUGGUAGUACAGGGCUGUUUCCAUUCCUCCUGGUUCAGAUCCUCUCAGACAUUCACACGGUUUCUUAUUCAUCUUGCUAUCUGCAGAUUUUCUGUUUGUACACUUAUGCAAAUGUGCAGUUUUAUAACUUAGCCCUCAUGUCUUAUGACAGAUAUCUUGCCAUCUGUUAUCCAUUACAAUAUAACACUCGCAUGGCAUUUAACAAGGUUAUUAUGCUUAUUGCUCUAACGUGGUUAUUCCCUCUUCUCAGUAAUGUAAUCAUGAUAUCUUUACAGUUGUGUGGAAACAUUAUUGACAGAUUGUUCUGUGACAACUUUUCUGUUGUGAAAUUGGCCUGCUCUGACACGACAGCCAUCAACAUCUAUGGACUCAUGUACACUUUCAUUGUAUUAUUUGGUCUUGCAAUUCUGAUUUUUUACACCUACUUGAGGAUCCUCAGAGUUUCUUUAUCUGGUUCCAAACAGACCAGACAGAAAGCUGUCAGCACCUGCACACCUCACCUGGCUUCUCUGCUCAACUUCUUCUUUGGGUGCCUGAUUGAAAUAGCGCAAGGCAGAUUUGAUAUGAAGAGAGCACCUUUUUUUUUGCGCAUCUUUUUAUCUUUAUACUUUCUCACUUGCCAACCUCUCUUGAAUCCCUUAAUGUACGGACUGAAUUUGACAAAAAUACGCAUCAUAUGUAAAAGUCUUGUCUCUCCUAAAAUGUAA